CACUGUCAGAAAAGUGAAGUGACUGAAUGGCUAAAUAAGACGGUUCAAAUGACUGAUUCAGUCGUUUUAGCAAAGAUUUUUGUGGAUGAAACGACUGACUCAGUCACAUUAGGGAAAAUACGGUAUAUGUACUGUGGAUGAACUUAAACAUUUCCAAGGAGCAUAAGACAGCGCUGUAAAGCGGAACUUCUAUUAGUCUUCUGGUUUUCUUUACAAAAUUGGAAGGUUUCUUAUGCUUGUAACUUGAAGAAAGCCUUUUAUUACCUGUUUUCUGUGGAGCUUUAGAAAACAGGCAUAGUUACGUUUUUCAAGUAUCUGACGUUUACACUGUUACAUUGCGGAUUUCGUGCAACAUGGUUGACUAGGAUGUUACUUAUUUUUUAGAAGAUGAAAAUCUAUGUUGAUUUUGGUGAAAAAGCAACAACUAUUAUUCCAGCUACAAAAAAUGCUAACGAAAUACUUGAGAAAAUCAAAUCAGUUCUUCAACCAGCCGCUGAUUUCCUAGUGACUUAUUAUGACGACGAUAUUAAAAAACAUUGUAUUUUUCAUAGUUAUGAACAAAUUGAAAAUCAACAGAUUGUGGCAAUGGAAGUAAAGUUGUCUAGUAUAUCCAGAACAGAUGAAAGAUCAAAAGUUAAUGAUAAUAUGUUGAUUGAUGUAACUGAAGAACAAUUAACUGCUGAGCCAUCUAAAAAUGUAUGCCGACAAAAGAAAACGAAGAAAAAAAUACGUGAAGCAAAGAAAUACAUUCCUUAUCCAUGUGAUCUACCAACAUAUACCGAAACUAUAAGAUUUGGUUUAGAAAAAGAAGGUGGUUUUGAAAGUGUUAAAAGCGAAUUUAUUAAGAAAACACGUGACCAUUAUUUAGCAACAUAUUCAAAUAAUAAAAGUCGAACAGAUGUUUCAAAUUAUGCUCGAUCAUUAUUGAGGCAGUUUCCCUUAUUAAGAGAAUGUGAUGAGAAGAGAAAAGCGGGCCAAACGGAGUAUCAUUCAUUAGCAAGAAUUUUAUCGCGUGCCAUCCGAAAUCGUCGAAAUUAUAUUAAAAAAAAAAGAAAUAAUACAAAUCCUGAAAACAAAGCUAAAAAUAAUAUGGAAGUAACAAUUCUAGAGAAAAGUAAUGAUACGAAUUCUCAAAGUGAAGUUGUUACAGCUGAAUCUCGACUAUUAUUAAAUAAUAGUUUUAUACCUUCUUCAUCGUCAACUCCCAUUCGAAGUCAGCAAACACGCCCGCCAAUUUUUAUGUUCGAAAAUGGACAAAUUAAACCUUAUGUUCCAAAACCUCAAUCUCCAGUUAUCAUUAAAGCGGUUUUACCUGCAAAAUUGCCCAAAACCAUCAAAAUAUGUCAAAAUAAACAUAUAGAUGGAACUUGUAUAACAGCAAACAUUCAGAAAACACAUGAAGAUAUUAAACGGGAAAUAAUGCAGUACAAGUCGAAAUCGGAAAGUCAUAAUUAUGAAAAAGAUAUUAGCCGAUUGCGUGAUUUAAUACAGAAGAAAUCAGCAGUGUCUUCUUCAUUAGAAAUUCGUUCACUAGUUAAAGCAACAUAUGUUAUUCGACAAGAAAUUCAAUCGAAACAAAGAUGUUAUUCAUUAGAAAUGA